AUGUCUUUCAAAGUUCUCUCUCUGCUCCUCGCUUCGCUGGGCUUUGUUUUGAUGGAAGAGACCGUCUCCGGGGUGAGCGUAGGGAUUCCCAGCACUAGAGCGCUGCAAAGACGCUACUCCGAGGCCACCCUGGCAAGUGACUACAGCCGCACGAUGGACAACAUGCUGAAGAAGAACUUUGUGGAGUGGUUGCUGGCCAGGCGGGAGAAGAAAAGCGACAACGGGAUCGAGCCGUACAAGAGGGAAGCUGAGCCCCAAGGAUCAGCCGCGAGCGGCCAAAGAGCGGACCUGGGCACGCAGGAAGCCAAAGAUUUCUUCUCCUGGCUCCUGAAAGGCAAGAAAAAUCAGAGUUCUGCUUCUCUGGAAGGCUCAGAAGGUUUGAAGGAUGUUUUGAACCAGGAGUUUCUGGCGUGGCUGAUGUCGACUGAUCUCUGCAGAGCAAC